GUCAGUUCGAUAUAACGCAUAUUCGUUUUUCAUCAGCCUCGCUUAACCCUAGAGCCCAGGGGGGAGAUAAGCCCGAACUGGGCUCCCAGCUGCAUCAUCCAUCCAUCCGAUCCCUCUCGCUCGCUCGCUCUCUCUGUCCAGUUCGGGUCGAUCUUCCCAUCGUCGAUCGUUUUCUCCUCUUCUCAUUGUACAACCACCUUCGGACAUAGGCUAGAUCAUAAUCUGGUAGACCACCCCCCCCAGACGACCUUCUUGCGAUACCUCGACAACAAACCAUGACACCAGCGCUCGGUCGACUAUAGCACACGCCAUCCCUUCAAGCACGAAACUCCGAUUACGAUCAGCCUUCAUCUUGACCUAACACCAAGCAACAAUACGGACCUCGUCGUCAUGCCCAAUCAAGAACCUCGUCGUAGAACCUCUUCCACGGUUUCUCAUACUGUUCAUCAUCCCAGGGGUCAUGGAAUCAGACGUUCGUCAUCCCACGUCAACGCCGGUGGAGUGAGGAAUCACACGACCGGUCUGCAACCUCUCAAGACGGCGAAACCGGUCGUCCCCGGCUUGGAAAGACAGGCAUCGAAUCGGAGCGACGAGAGUACCGGUGUCAGGUCGAACAAGUCUUCGAUUCACCUUGCACGAAGAAAGAGUUCUGCUCAUAGCGAUGACCGACAGAGGACCGUGAGGUCGGCUCGAUCGGAUACGCAUCUACCUCGUCUUGGAGGUUUGACGGCAUUGUCUACGACGAGACCAUCAGCGAAACAACAUAAUUCGGAUAGCAAGCGGCUCGAUUCUGCCAAAGCUACCGGCGACGAUGGCUGGGACAGCGAGGGUUCGGAUGACGAUCAGGAAGAAGUCGUGGAGGAUGACGGCCGGAAGGGUACACAGGUCGAGCAGAUCGUUUCGGAAUACGAGUCAGACGAGACUACGGAUGAGGAUGAUGAGGAUGACGAGGAGGAACAUCUCGUCAUCAAGACCAAAGGCUCGAAAGCGCCUCUUAACAAACGGGCCUCUAUGGGCUCGACCGCAAACCCUCCGACAGUGGAGCGAGUAUCUUCCAGGACUGAUCAAGGUCAACCUCAGACGGCCUCGAGGCCACAGGGCAAUCGCUCCAGAAGCAGGAGUAGAACACGAUUACCGAACCCUAGUGCUGCUGCCGCGAACGCUCAUAAGACGCGCAGGAAGAGCAGCGCCAGAAGGCAAUCACACGUUGAUCAUGAUCAUGGCAAGACGGGCGUCUUUGCCCGGACCAAAUCACAGAUCGGGUUCGAUGUGCAUGGUAAUGGGGAGCAGCAAGAUCAUGUUAGGCAUAGCGACGAGUCUGAUUCGGAGCAUCGAUACGAAGCAGAACGGGCUCCGGCCAGGGAGAGCCAAAGCAUCAACCGAUCAGCAGAAACCGCACACGAGACAAGUAAUGCGGUGCAGGAAAUCGCAAAGCCAGGCAGGACGAUUUCUGCCGGUGAAGGUCCCGCACCGGCAGCGUUCGUCGCUUCGCCAAAGUCUGUCUUGAACCUGGAAGACGACGAGAACAAGCCGGGUUUCCCCUUCCCCGCUCUCGAUGGUCAGGUUGCCGCUGUCCAACAGAGGUCGCCAUCCGAUUCGGCCAAAUCCGCCAGACAGGGUCCAUCACAUCAUAAUCGACGUGAUCCUGGCUUGCAGAUGGAGAAAGCUGUCCAUUCGCCGAACGGAUCGGAUUCUCAGACGCUCGUAGGGUCGAAUGCGUCUCCUGGUCGAGCCGGGACCCCGCGAAUGACAGCUAGUAGUCAACUGCCUUCGAGUCAGCCGGGUCAAAGUCCAGCGGGCAAUGCGCCGAGCACCCCGCCAGCGAACCCGCCGACGAGGAAACACGUCCGGACAAGAAAUUCGCACACUUCCCUGCGUUCUCUCGCCUCGAUGCGGUUGGCCGGUCCACCUCCUCACCCCUUGACCUCUCCUGGCGGUGCCAAGUCUCGGGUGACGAGCUUAUCCGGUCGUUCAGGACCUGCUAUCGCUGCUCCUCAGCUGAACCGAGAGGUAGCACGAGGCCUGUGUAGUACGAGCCCGACCGAAUCGAUGAUUUCGAAUAUCGAGGUCGUCGGUCGGAACGGCAGUCACGGCCAUGGGCAUGGCAAACAUAGCUCUACCCCGCCGAGUCAGGUCGCUCGGACCGGCAGUCAACGGAGUCUGCGUGACUACUUUGGACUGCCGUCCAGUGCAAAAACCACGAGUCGGGAUUCUGAGCGUGGUCCGGACAUGUCGAGAAAGACCAGCUUCUCAUCGAUCACCGGAGCGGGCUUGCCUCGAGCCAGCAGUAGCAGCGCAUUGAACGCUGCAGGGCUACCCUCGAAUCAGGGAGGUUCUAGCCGUCUUUCUGCGCAUUCGGUCGCUCAAGCUGCCGCUAGGCUUCCUUCGACUGCGAACCUCUCGGCGUCGGCAUACGGCGAUCGACAGGCCGAGUCGUCCCAAGUCGGUCUGAUCUCGAGGUUCCUCACUCCGUCGAGCUGGAACCCAAAGGUUCUCGCAGCGUCUUCGGCGAAAGACAGGCAUGGGAAAUCGCGAGCCAAUACUGCACCGGGGUAUCAGGCGGAUAAGCCGAGCGUGUUCCCGCCGAGUCCAUUUGCGGCGGCACAUGCGAGUCUCGUGAGGACGUUGAUGGAAGACGGGGCAAAGCUCGCCCCGCAAGGCGGACAUCAUGGUCCUCUACGCGGAGCCGACCGCAUGCGAAGCGAUACCGGUCCCGUUCCUCGGGCAUCGGCGGCGUUUUCUUCCUUGGCCUUGACACCUGCACAUAAUGACGAUGGAUCGAGAGGAAGGGGUCACGGAAAGGAAGGCAAGAACGGUAAUAGGGACAAGGAGAUGGUUCUGGUCCCCGGUCUGACGCCGUUCGAAAUGAGCGUCAGCCGGUGUUUGGAACAGAGGAAGAAUGCGGUCAGGUUGAAGACGGGUGGGCCGUUGGGACCACUUCCCCCAUAACCCCCACGCUGAACGGGGCUCUGUUAUUUUGUCUUUGUGUAGUAGCAAAAGAACGUUGUAAUCAGAUGUUGCAGAUCGUAUUCAAUGCCAAAGCGUGUAA